GGCACCUUUGGAGAGGCGUUCAAGGCGGGGGGAGUGGUGCUCAAGAUUGUGCCCAUGGCCGGCAGCAUCCUGGUCAACGGCGAGCCGCAGAAGCGGGCCGAUGAGAUCCUGGCUGAAGUGUCGGUGACGCUCACGCUGAGCCGACUCAACGGGGCGGGCGCGGCGCCAGGCGAGGCGCUUGACAACAUGACCAGCGGGUUUGUGGAGACGUUUGGGGUGGGGGUGUGCGCCGGCGGCUACAGCCCGGCGCUGUGCCGGGAGUGGCACCGCUGGGACAAGGAGCAUGGGUCGGAGAACGAGCCCGUGGAUGUCUUCAAGGGGCGCCCCGACCAGCUGUUUGUGGUGUUUGUGGUGGCGGAUGGCGGCGUGGACCUGGAGCACUUUGAGCUUCGCACGUUCGAGGAAGUGCGGUCCAUCCUGCUGCAGACUGCGCUGACUGUGGCGGUGGCUGAGGAGGCCUGCCAGUUUGAGCACCGCGACCUGCACUGGGGCAACCUGCUGAUACGCCGGUCCCAGCAGCCCGCCGCCACCUCGGCCGUGCGCGCCCGCCUGCGGGGUGUGGAGCUGGAGGCCGCCACCGAGGGCGUCACGGUCACCCUCAUCGACUUCACGCUGUCCAGGCUGGUGACGGUGACGGGUGAGGUGGCCUUCUGCGACCUGGCCGCCGACCCGGAGCUGUUCCGGGGCCCCAGGAACAGCGUGCAGGCGGAGACAUACCGGCGCAUGAAGAAGGCGACGCGCAAUGCCUGGCAGGCGCACGUGCCCGCCACCAACGUGUACUGGAUGCAGUACCUGGUGGACACGUGCAUCACAGAGAAGAAGGGGUGGGGGUGCGGCAAGGACGAGCUGGCGCAGCUGCGCGCCUUCAAGCGCCGCGCCUCGGCCUGCGCCUCCUGCUCCGAGCUGCUGCUCGAAGACUUCCUGCGCGCGGGGCUGCUGAUCGAC